CAUUGGUGGGAUAGUGUCUCUCACCUAUUACAACCUUCAUGAAAUUGAUUUUAAGGAACCUCCUUAUAAAACAUCUGAUGACACACCAAGGUAAGGAUUCUUUUUUUCUUUUUCUAAUGUUAAUCAGUUUCUCAAAAAUUGCUUUUGAGAGUAAAAGGUUCUCAGUAUAAAUAUAGGCUUUAUAUCCAAUCUAAAUCUACCUUUCAAAUGUUUUUAGUUAUGAAAUAAACCUUUUUCUUUAUUUUAUGGUGAAAUGUUUGUCCUAUAAUGUAUGAAACUUUGGUGCAAAACAUCUUUUGAAGAACAUUUAGUAAACUUAAGAUAAUAUUUUUUAAAAAAAAAAUCUGUAUUGUCACUCUGAGAAAAAACAUUAAUUCAAUAAAUGACUGAUACAUGCUGGAAUUGUUCAUAUUCCAUUUUGGGCGAAAAGUUAGGGAAUGAAUUCCAUGAAUAGGUUUCCACGAAAAAAAGCAUUCUUUUUAUUUCUUGUAGCAGAUAUUUUUUUUGCAAAUCGUGCAAAUAAUGUAAACAAUCAAUUUUGAACAGUGUACAAAUUAUUGAGUAUUUUAGAAAACCUAUUACUCUCCUACCUUCAUCAGAGAAAGAAAUGUUUGUUAUCUCAUAUAGAAAGGAUUCUUAUGAGAAUUUUCCAACUUCCCUUUUUCAACUGGGGUGUUUAAAUCAUUUGCAGUAUAAUAAGCAAAUUCUACCAGCACAUCCUUGUCUUGGCCUUUGCUGUGAAGGAGAUCAAUGAGGACUUCCAGAUCUUACCUAAUGUCACUCUUGGGUUCCACAUCUAUGACAGUUACUAUGAUUCAAGGAAGACCUAUCGCAACACCCUGGACCUGCUUUUCAAAUCCCCGAAAUUUAUCCCUAACUACAAAUGUGAUCACCAGAAGACUCUCAUGGCUAUCAUUGGGGGACUGGAUUUUGUCACAUCAUUUUAUAUAGCUGAAAUUACAGGAUUGUUUAAGAUUCCACAAGUAAGUUCUGAAAGGGUUGAGCAGAAAAUUCUUAAUUUUAUGGUUGUUAACAGAAUAAUUAAUGGGAAUCAAACAAGAUAUUCUACAUGGCUUAAGGUCUACUACUUGGCCUUCUUUUCUGAAACUACAAUGCUAGUUACAGGAAGUGAGUAUCAAGGAUCAAUACCUGAGGGAAGAUUUGAAUGGCUUCUUUUAAAACUGUUGAUCUAGUACAUGUCCUUGAAAUAUUUUCAUGCAAUGAGAACAUCCUCAGAAUGACAGAGUUAGAAGGGACCUUGGCAGUUUUCUAGUCCAAGAAAUCUGUUAGUAUAUUCUCAAAAAAAAGGUUGCUAGGGGGAAAACGUUCCUUGGAUAUAUUUUAUACAAAAACAAGAUAGGAAAAUUAAAUUUAAUCUAAAGACUCUAAAGAAUACUACUGGAAUUUCUUUCAGCUGACAUAUGGCUCAUUAGCCCAAGAGGAAAUUCAGACCAGUAAGCUCUCUUCACUAUAUUUCAUGGUCCCGAAAGAGGAUCAUCAAUACAUUGGGAUCAUCCAACUGCUUCACCAUUUCAGGUGGACGUGGAUUGGGAUAUUUUCAGUUGAUAACAACAAUGGAGAAAAUUUCUUAAAGAAAAUGCAGCCCUUACUUUCAAAGAAUGGAAUCUGUUCAGCAUUUAUAGAACAACUUCCUCAACAAGUCCACUUGGAAAGAUUCCCAGAACUUUCUCAAAUGAUCACCAUUAUUUCCAUUAAUAUGAGGAAUAGCAAAGUCAAUGUGUUUCUUGUCUAUGGAGAAGCCUGGAUAAUUAUAUGGCUAAGAUUAAUAACAUUUCUGGUAGAUCCUGAAAGCAAGGAAACGGCAUUAUUAAGAAAGGUGUGGAUCAUGACUGCACAGAUUGAUUUUGUAUUAGCAGGCACUCAAAUCACAUGGGACCUCCAGAUGUUCCAUGGGGCUAUUUCCUUCACUGUUCACUCAACAGCAGUUGCAGGUUUCAAGGAGUUUCUUCAGACCAUAAAUCCUUUUUCAGACUACAGAGAUGGGUUUCGGCAAUAUGUUUGGGAACAAUUAUUUGAUUGUUCAUUUCCAAAAGCAGAGUUACAAGCAAUGGACAAUACUCAGUGCACUGGGGAGAUGAAGCUGGAGGAUCUUCCUGCACCUGUGUUUGAAAUGGAAAUGACUGGCCAGAGCUACAGUGUCUACAAUGCUGUUUAUGCUGUGGCUCAUGCUUUGCAGGCUCUACACAUGUUGGGUUUCAAUUGGAAGAAAACUAUGAUGGGUAAAAAAACUGAUCUUCCAAAUCUGCAGGCCUGGCAGGUAUUCUCUUUGAAUUGGACUCUUAUUUCAGUGAGCAGUUUGAUGUAGAAUUAUGUUUUGAACCCAUUCCGGAAAAGUCUUAAUAUUUUCUGCAUGUAGAAUCAAGUUAAUUAUGAGAAGAACAUAGAAAUAAGAAAGAAUGUCUUGAUAGAACAAUGAAGUAAUGCAAAAACUUGCCUUCAGGAAUCCUGGGUGCUACAUAACUGGAGAUUUUAAGGAAGUGAUAUGAGAGUCAUUUGUCUAAAUUGUUGUAGGGUCUUCUCCUUGAGCAGAGUUGUGUACUAGAAGACCUCCAAGGUCCCUUCCAACUCUCUUGUGUUGUAUAAAACAGAUACAGAAAAAUUGGUUUGUGUUCUUAUUUUGUCAUUCAGGUAUUCUGCUAUUCUGAUCACUCAAAAGCUGCUAUAAAAAAAUCAUGAUUUAGGUAUUAGUAGGAGUUAUUUAAUAAAUUGCCAUAGAUUGCACAAUGAGUAAGUUAAAAUGUGGAUAAUUUACAUUAUUUUUCAUUGUCUAUUCCAAAAAAUAAUCAAUUCUCCAAGAACUUUUUGAGUGGCUCAUGAACUUUUCAUGAGUGACAAGCUCAGCUUUCUGUCUCUAUCAGAGAUUUGGAGGAAUGAAGUGGUGGUCCUUCUUAGAUGUGGCUUGCAUAGUUUGAAACAAUUCUAUGUUUGUAAUCAUUGCUUCUCAUUUAUCUAUCAAAGAAUGCUUAAGUCUCAGAUUCCAAAAUCUGUCUAAAAAAAGUAAUCAGACUCUCAAAUAACUUUGUACCAGUGAGGAAAGAUUAGAUAUGGUUUCUCUUGAAUUAGUUUUUUGUUUUUUGUAAACUUAAUUGGAUAAAGUGACAUCAUUCCAAAAGCUUAUUUUCAUUCUGCUUCUGUUGAUUGUUAUAUUUCCUUAAAUUAAUAUCAAAUAAUUAAUGGAGUGGACAUGUACACUUCCAUGCAAUAUUGAUGAUCAAAUAUCUAAGCAUACAUAUUUAAUAAUAGUUAUUGGAAUAGGAAGAAUGAGCGAAUGAAACUUGAAUAUGUUGUUCUCUUCUCUGUUAUAUUACUUUCAAUUGUCUAUCUCUUCUAUUCUCUUUCAAGUAGCUUCAUUCAUUUCUUCAAGGCAUUUCUUUCAACAACUCAGCUGGGGAGAGAGUGUUCCUGUAUGAGAAAAGAGAAGCAACAGGUGGUUUC